CUGAUUUCAAGAUGAAAGGCUACUGUCCUUUCUCGCUCAAAAGACAAAAUCAGUUUAAGCUGCAAGGCUAACAACCUCUGAACCCUUUGUUGGAUGCCUAUGUGUGUUUGAAUCUAUGUUUUUUUUUGUGAGCUAUCCUGGAUCACGAUUUAGGUUUUUUGCAGAUUCUAUUCUUUAUGAUUUGUUAUUAAAAUUGUUGUCAGUGUAAAAUUUUUUCAGCAUUAUUUUAUUAAUAAUUUUUUGUAUUGUGUCACCAAUCGAUUUGUUGUGUCUUCCGGCACGCGCAUGCAAAAGUAAGAAAGAAGAGAGAUAAAAGAGAUAAACUUGGACCACAGAAACCAGAGGAGUGGAAUUCGCGGGGAUAGAGAGAGAAAAAGAAAGAAAGGGAGAGAGAGAGAGAGAGAGAUGAGAGAAAAGAGGACACGCUUGAAAAGAGAGAUGGGAGAAAGAUAUUCUCUUUCUCUCUCUUUCUUUCAUACGGGGGUGCGCCCACGCUGGUGACGUCAUCCGACGAACGUCGGUUGUGGUACCGGCGAUGAACGCGUUGGUGUUCAAACGUUCGGAGCACUGAGAAAGAGGAAAGAUUGACGAGACAGAGACGCUAUCGUGUCUCGAGGAAGGGAACGUGGAGCCGGUCGUCGGUGGUACCAAGGGGAGGGAUAGCCGGAUGGAGAGAGGACACCGGCGAGAUGUACCGGGUUUGGAUGGGGAAACUAAGGUACACGCGCGCGCACGAGAAAGAGAGAAGACAUCUUUGCAGGGAGGGUGGCGGGGGAAAGGAAUGAAUGGAGAUUGCAGACCACGCGGGAGAGACGAAUGGUCCGGAACCCGUGGAGGAAACGGGGGCGAGACAAGGGCGAGGAGAACUUUCCGAGAGAGGAAGCUAAACGAAGAGGGGAAAAAGGGGGAGGGCUGUUUCGCGUAGACAAUCACCGUCAACAGUAGCGGGAGUAACUACGGGGUAAUGUCGACGACACACGUGACACUGUUGAAUCUCCGUCAUCGCCGGCCACGAAUCGAACGCGAACGGCGCACGAGACGACAUCAGCCGCCUCGCGAUCGCGUUCUCCUUGCUUCUUCCCAUGAGUGUUGCACGCGCGAACGUGCGAGCGCACUCUCCAGGCUCGCACCCGACAGCUUCGCGCGCGAGCCACGCUUUAUUAGUCUAGCGCGGGCCAUCGUGAACCCCUUUAGUUGCCUCGCUACGCUUCGCCUUGUCUCGCCUUGCCUCACCUCUUCUCGUCUCGCCGCAUCUCGCCUCGCCACGCUCCUUCGCCAUUGGCCAUCGGCCAUCGGAUCAACAAGACCGAAGAGAAACGAUAGAUGUGAGUGAGCCUAAGCGUGAUAAUAGAAACCGACGUGUGAAGAGGAAUAGUGAAGAUAAGGUUCUGCGAAAGAGAAGAAAAAGUCGAAGAAGCGCGAGGAAGAGAAUCAAAGGAGGGGCCAACGUGUCAAAGAGAGCGGAAGGUCGAUGCGCCGGAGGAACAUGAGAAGAGUAAGAGAGAACCGUAUCCUUUGGUGAUACAGUACAACCAGCACUCGUACCGAUACGUUCGCGAUUUAACGGCCAGCUUUGCAACCAGCCAACGUGCGGAAAACAUUCUUUCCCAAAGUGAUUUUAUCUUGACGAGAUUCAAAAGGUAAUGAUACGUAAGUUGAUCCAGUAAGCUGGAUAAAUGCUCGCGGACAAUUUAAUACCGUGAGUUUAACAAAGUUCUGUUGCGAGCUAUACCGAUUCUUGGAACUCGUUAACGUGGAAUACUAUCAAGGAAUACAACACUAGCGAUUGUCCUUGUUAAAGGACAGCGCGAGCUACACAAAAAAUCUGCGUUUGCUGGAUGAACGAUAGGGGAGGAUGUUCUCCAAUUUGACUGUUAUCCAUUCAUCCCCGUGAAAUUUUCAUCGCGCUAUAUAAGACUUGUACAAAAACGAGAAUAAGCGAAUGACCGGGAUAAACCCGGGAUGGACAGCAGGGUGUCUUAGCGACACUGUGACAUGUACGAACGUUUACCAAAGUUUUCCUCGUCGUCAGCAAAGGCACACGAGGCGACGGUGCGUGGAAAACGGUGCGAGGAACGAUUGAGGCAAAUCACGUGGGUCGACACCCGGUCGACGACAACCGGCGACAGCGGGACAGGUUGAAAAGAUGCUGGCACUCGCGAUGCGCCGCGAACACACAACCGGGCGCAGCAAUUACGAGCCCGCAAAUCCGCUCGCGGGAUUCGAACACCUGCAGCACAACAGUGGUGGUAAUUCGUUCGCGGUGGUACCCACCACCGAGGGGCGAGUGCGCGACGCCGCUCGGCCGGAGGCUGAGGGUGAAUUGCAGGAGUUUGUGGACAUUGCGCAAGUGCAACAGCUACUCCAACAGCAACAGCAGCAUCAACAACACCAUCAUCAUCAUCAUCACCAACAGCAAACGUCCACGGCGGCCGCAUCCUGCAUAUGGGGAGCGGUUUAUCCUCCACCACCGCCCGCGCUGGGAUAUCAUCACCAUCACCAUCAUCAUCAUCAUCAUGCGCCGUUACCGCCGCCAUCAGGCGAGGACACGCAGUGCGGUACCGAGGAUUCUGCCAUCGCCCAGGAAGGCGACCCGCUCCAGAGGAUGACGAUGGACGGCAUGGAGGUGGUUGGCUCGCAACCGCACGCAGCCACCAGCCCGUUUCUGCUCUCCUCGCCGCCCCUUGGCCAUCAUCAUCAUCAUCAUCAUGCAACAUUUAACCUGCAGACGGUGCAGCUUAGUUUCGACGCGUGUUUACCGUACAAUGCGGCCUCCUCGUCCAAUUCCGUCACCUGCGGCAUCAGCGGGACACCCGUGACCUACACAAAUUCGUCCACCAGCUGCAGCAAGACUAUACCAACCCUUUCCUUAUCUUCGUGCGUGCCGUUACAUACGCAGCUUCAAAUCAGUCCGACCGAUUCCACGGAACACGAUCAUGAUCGGCAUCAUCACCAUCAUCAUCAUCAUCGAUUGGACGAUCAUCAACAUCACUUGCAUACCGAUGCAUCGUCACCAUCUGUCGACGCUACAGAUGGCAAGAGGCAUCGACAACCCGAUGACGAUGAUAAGGGAUGUAUCAGAAACUGCAGGAGCGAUAUUCAUGAUUCGAACGAUAAGGAUAAGCCUGGUGAUCUAAACACACCGGUCACCACCAGCAGCGACCUACCCUCUUUCUUCGGUCCUUCUGCACUUGUCGAACCGCCACCGAUCUCAGGCAGUCUGGCGGGUGAGGAUCUUUCGUUGGAAGAGGCAACCGCGGAGGAGGACGAAAACGCCGGCACAUCCGCUGGCAGAGAUCAUCGUCAUCAUCAUCAUCAUCAUCACCAGGAUACGCGAAAUACCGUUACAUCAAACGCGCCUUCAAGCAGUCCACCGUCGCGCCACCAUCAAACUCAGGACGAGACGGAUCGUUGCAACGUGUUGCAAGGUGGUGUAAUUUUGUAUUCUUCACCGCAUUCCACAUCUGCCGUGCCCGCGACGAGCGUAAAUAUUUGCAACGUACCAACAUUGACCUAUCGCGGCGUCUUUACCACGACCUGCACACAAUCGUCGCCUCUAAACAAUCUUCAAGGCGAACAGCAGCAGCAGCAACAACAGCCAACGAGCCAGGAAUUGUGGGCGCCGUUACCCUCGCCAACCUUAACCUUGACGGGUCAACCGUUCCUUCACCCCAACCUUCACUCGACCGCGUAUAGCGGCGAGACCGUCGAAUUACUGCAGGUCGAAUCGAAACCACCACCCCCGCCACCCGGUUACCAUGACACACCAACUACCACUCCUGCUGCCUGGCUGACGGCGCACGAGGAGGCUUAUGAUCCUAGUCUUCUCUCCCAUCAUCACUCGCAUACUCAUCAUCAGGAAGCAACGUUGAAACAGGAGCCAACCGGCACAUCCGGUUACACUCCCAACGUACAACAGCCUCAACCAGCUCAGGCGCAAUCUCAACAACAACAACAGCAGCAGCAACAACAACAACAACAGCAACAAGCUCGGCCACCUAAUACUGGCACCACAGGGGUUCAGCUGGCCGAGUAUAAUCCGAGCACGUCGAAAGGCCACGAGAUCCUUUCUCAAGUUUAUCAGCAGAGUACAUUACCACUUCAACUGGUUCCCGUAAAACCGCGAAAAUAUCCGAAUCGACCAAGCAAAACGCCGGUGCACGAACGGCCAUACGCCUGUCCGGUGGAUGGUUGCGAUCGCAGAUUUUCCCGCAGCGAUGAGCUCACCCGGCACAUUCGCAUUCAUACGGGACAGAAACCGUUCCAGUGUCGCAUCUGUAUGCGCUCCUUUUCUAGAAGCGACCAUUUAACCACCCAUGUGCGUACGCAUACCGGUGAGAAACCAUUCUGUUGUGAUCAGUGCGGCCGAAAGUUCGCCAGGAGCGACGAGAAGAAGCGCCACGCAAAAGUACAUCUUAAGCAGAGGCUGAAGCGCGAAGCGUCUCACGCUAAUCCAAGAAGUCAUCCUCAAAGCCACGCGUCGUCACCCUGCAAUCAAUGAAUUCCACGAAUUACAACGAUGUUGAAAAGUCCUUUUUAACGUUCAGAGAUCUCAUUACGUUUGUGUCAUGUUCCGACAAAUUGUGAUCUAUGUCUCCCUCUAUCCUCCUGUCUUUCCCUUUUUCCUCUCCUUCUCUUUUCGCUACUCCCUUUCUCCCUUUCCUCCUUCCCUGCAUCUCUCGUGAUGACCGAUGAAGAAAACGCGGAGACCUUUAGACGGUGAAAACCGUCAUCGACUGAUCCGUCAUUUAUCGUCGGUUCAUCAACUAAUUACGUUAUCUUGAUGCAUAACUGGAUACGAAUUAAUUGCAUGCGAAACGAAUUUUUUGAAAAUUUCAGAUAUCGUAUCUACGUAACGUAAUUGUAAAAUAAACAAUUUGCUCAUUUUUAAAAUUGUCGUGAAUCAAAGAAUAAGGAGAUUAAGCGUUGCCACAUAUAGUUCUUAUUCAUAUUCGUGUAAGAAUUUCAUGUAUUUUGAGAUUUAUCGUUGACUGAAAAACGCAUGAGAAUAUAGUUUAAUCACUGUACCAAAAAUAAUGUCUUGCGUCACAUAGCGAAAAAUUAAAGUACUUAAAAUAUAUGAAAAGCAUUUACAAUCAUCGGAAACAAACUUAUAUUUAACCGAAACUUUAUGGAAGUUAAUUAUCAAAGUACCAUAUAUAUAAUUCCAUUCUCUUAAAAUAUGAAAACGAUAAACAUUAUUCUCUCUCUGCUUUACAUGUACUUCGUAUCUCUUAGCUUGUAUCCAGACACGAGUUGAAAUGUGAACGUCGCGAGAUAUUCACUAGCGUCACUAGCGUAUCUAGAUGUCAUUGAGCGUUGCGAGAGCAUUUUCGUGCAAUUGUAUAACAUAAAAUCGAUACCAUCCGCAGCUUCCGAGAAUCAUCAUAGAGUGAAGCGGGAGAGAGGGAAAGAUUGAGAGAAAGGAGAGGGGGGGAGAAGAGGAGCAAUGCGUCUCAUUGCAUGCGAACGAUUGUGUGUGUAUAAGAAUGUAAUGCUUCGUGAAACUAUAACUAUUGUAUUGACUCGUUACAUGAUCAAUGCGAAUUCUCGGGAUUCUUGAUAUUUAAAACAUAUAUCUUGUCUCUAUAAAACACACUCAAUUUAAAAGACUCGUGCGGUCCAAGUGCAAGUUUAAAAAAAAAUUCAUGUUUUAUGGAGCUGUAUUCUUGUUAGACAGAUCUAUCUUACACGAGAGAGAUUGUUGACAAGAUUCGCGGCAACAGAAAUAGAGAUAUUUUUUUAAGUAUAUUUGUAUAUAACUAUAAUUCUCACACACAACCGAAUCACACACAAGCAUAAUGGUUAUGAUAUAAAAGUAUUUAUUUUUGAAAAAAAUUUUACAGCAUUGCGUUAUAAAAGAUGUAUAGGUGCUGAAAAAAGUUCCUCUUCUUCUUAAUGUCGUUAGGAAACUUAUGUUAAUUGUUAAAUUUUUGGUGCUAUAUGUACGCUGUUGCGUAUGUCUCUAUCAGAAAUCAGAGGCAAUAUUUCCAAUAUAAACUUCUCGAUAUAAUAGAAUUUGCACAUAUGUCGCGAGAAUUUUAAUCUUGCAGUGAUUGCUUUCUUUUUUUAUCGUUCUCAUGCCUUGUGUCACCGUAUUUUCUUCGUGCUCCGAACACGCUAAAUCUCGGCUGUCUCCGUCAAAUACUUCCAAUUCUCAGUCAUUCUUGUCUUUUCCCUUUCCAUAUUAUUGUAAAAAAAUCCAAUGAAAUUGUAAUUAGACGUGACUAUCGUUGUUGAAAGAAAUAUUUCAUGUACAUAUGUAUAUAAUUUAUUAUACAUAUAGAUAUAUAUAUUAUAAAUUGCUGUAUGUAUAUGUAAAAUCUAACGUCAUUCUCUUGCCAUCUUUCUUUUCUUCAUUUCGCAUUACUAUCUCAUACGUGUAUACAUAUUUAGCAAUUGUUAAUGUUAUGUAUAUGUUGCUCUAUUUAUUAACAAAAUGACUAUAUUUCAAAUGAAUAUAUUGUUAAUGUUAAAUAAUUAUUUUUAUUAUUAUAAUAUUAUUAUUCAAUCGUGCAAUGCGUUACAAAAAUGAUAGAGAAACGGCAUGAUAUCCACAAAUUAUACUUGUAAAGUUGAUGCGCACACACACACACACACACAUAUAUAUAUAUUUAGACACAUUGUAUGCGAACGCGAUGAUACGCACUACUCUUCGACAUAAAUUGUAAACGCAAAGUAACGCAAGCGCAUCCCCUCAAGAGAAUACUUUUUUUUACAGAUAGUAUUAUCCUAUCGCUAGAUAAAUUAUAUAUAAUUAUUAUACAUAUGGCGCUCCGAGUGCAAUGCACAUAACAAAAGCUCCGAAUUACCUGUAUAUUCGUGUUGUCAUCAUCGCUCCUGCAUAUGCUUCUCUUUGCGAAACGGGUAACGCGAACAAUCUCUUGCAACAAUUAUUAACAGAAAUACAAUUAACACUGACUCGAGA